GCGCACGGCCUACAGCGCAAGGGGAGGGUUUGGCGCAUGCGGGCGUGUCUCCCGGGACUCUGGAGCAACCGAGCCCCAGGCACCUCCGGUAGGUUUGGCGUGCGCGGCUUUCCUCAGAUCGGAGACUAGCUUGCCCGUUACAUCACCGGUGCAUCGCUUCUUGCUGGCUUCACUUGCCACCACACGGGCUUCUAUUGCAGAAAUCGCCUAGACUCAGGGGCUGCAGAACGGGGCGACCUUGGUGACUGAUGUGCCCACCCCAGCAGAUCUCCGGGCACGAGUUGGACGCUGUUGUGGGUUGUAGGAGAUUUCAUUUUCCCCAACUUUGCAGCUGCUCUUUGGGUUCAUCACCUUCUCGAUUGGAAGCCAAGGGGCUGAAACUCAGAAAAGCAAAUACACUUCCCUGAUGAGGCUUCCAGAGGAGCAAGAAUAGCGACGUGAUGCCACCUGCAGCCCUAUAAAGAUUGGCCCCUCUGUCUUCCCCUCACAGUCGUGGCCUCUUAACGUUCUUGUGUUCAAGUGCCAAAAUGAGUGACCGCUAUCUAGAACAAAGGAUUAGUAUCAAAUUUUGCGUGAAAUUAAACAAGUCGGCAAGCGAGACCCACCAUCUUUUAAAAGAAGCUUAUGGGGAGGAAGUCAUGUCAAGGGCCAGAGUUUUUGACUGGCACAAAAGGUUCAAAGAAGGGCGAGAAGACAUUCGAGAUGAUGCCCGAAGUGGUCGUCCGGUCACUCACCGGACGGAUGAAAAUAUCCAGAAGGUCAAGGACUUGGUUUGUUCCAACAGGCAGUUAACCGUGAGGAUGAUGGCUGAAGAGUUAAAUUUAGAUAAAGAAACCGUUAGACUCAUUCUCAAAGAAAACUUGAAUAUGAGAAAAGUUUCUGCAAAAAUUAUAUCAGGUAUUCUGAAGGGUGAGCCUCAACCUCGCAAACUUGACUUUCGGUCUGAUCUUUCCAAGGAAACGAGGAAAAAUAGCUCAUGUGUGGGGAAAAAGGGAGCAGGUUCUGAAACAUGGAGUCCUCUUCAGUGCAAAGCUGGUGGGGAAAUGCCUCUGCCGCUAUCCCAUCCCAAAAUCCAUUACCCUGCCAGCCAGCUUCUGCAGCCUUCAUCUUCAGCAAGCCUUCCCACCAGGGCCGCUCAGGAUUGGUUCACACCGUGGUGAAAGGACUGUGGGGUAGCUGAACCCGAGCUGGAAAGCUGCCUCUGGCUUAGGCACCCUCACUUGCUACUCAUCUGUUUUCAGCUUCUUUCCCAUUCCUCCCUCCUGGUCCUGGCCCUGUUCCUUACUCUUUGCUCGACUCUUGAGCCAUCUUCCUUGCUGUGCUCCACAACUUUGAAGACCUUUUGGCUGUUGACUUUGGUACUGGCUAGUGCCUGAAUUUUUUUUUUCUUUUUUCUAAAUGAGGUUGGAUCUUUUCACUGCCCAGACCUUAGCUUGUUAUGGCUGUCUUCUUCUUUUUGCUCAAUUUCCUGCCUCAAGGGAUCCUAUACCCAUGAAAGGUGGGAGCAGAACCUCUUGGAAUCUCCCUCUCUGUGCCCAGGGAGGCAUACCCCUCUGGGAGGAUCCCAAAAGAAGGCCUGCAGUUCCAGCCUGCUUCACAGGGAGGGUCUGAGGUAUGGUGCAGAAGGCAGUAGCAUGCUGACAUAGGGAGCAGUGCUAAGGGCUGAUCCAGCCCAAAUGACUCAGGGGGAGCCCCUCAGAACUCAGUGAUCGGCCACCAUAACCUUCUCACAGACCUACCCCUUACAGAAGAGCUGAGUUUGCUUCUUUCUAGUCUUGAGCUGUGGAAUCCCCCCCCCCCCCCCCC